AUGGGUGUUACGGCAACCACUGGCGUCGGCAACGGAAAACUUCAAGACCGAACGAAGCUGUCGAGGCAACAGAUCAAGUCCAGACUGACAGCGCUGAAAGGCAUCUAUACGUCGAUCAAGGCGAUGCUGGAUGCGUCAGGAUUUGGCUGGGAUGAUGAACGUCAUGUCGUGCUAGUGCAUGACUCCGUUUGGGAUGAUUAUGUCAAGAGCCAUCCAAAAGUUGUUGAUUACCGUAGGAAGGCCAUGCCAUUGUUUGACGACCUUCGUGAUCUCUUCAAGGGAACAUAUGCUACCGGAGACUAUGCAUAAGCCUCUGAAGAGCCGUGCCCAGGAGACUUUGUUACCGGUCCAUCUGCUCCGCAACUAACACAAGCACCAACAGCUUCGGAGCCUGCAGGUAUUGACGAAGCUGCAAGCUCAGAUUCAGCCGUGCCCUCUCAGCAACCGGAGCCUGCACCAGAACCAAGAAGUGCUGCUAUCCAUAAAACAGCAAGCCGUACAGGUGCCAAGAAAAGGCGCAGCGAAAGCGGUGGUGUACUAAUUGCUGAAGCGAUUGGUGAGGUUGCUACAGAAUUGCGUCAUAGAACUACUAAAAUGCGAGCUCUCACACCAUCGCAGAGAGCCAUCAAGUUGCUCCAGAAGGACUAUGCCAACGACCUCCAAACGGAAUAUCUUGUUCGAGCUUUCGACGUGAUGCUGGAUGAAAAAAAAAGCAAUGGGAUUUUUGGUAAUGGAAGCCGGACCAGCCCGGGAUGCGUGGCUGAAUAAACAAUUGCAAGAUCUCAGUAAGAGCUAUGCGAGGAGAGCACAAGUUCAUUGCUGCAUGUUAAUUCGUUAACGUUGAAAAGCUACAUACGAAUCCCACAUGUUCUUUGCUAGUAGAUCACGAAGAUUGCUCGCUCGCCGAUAAUUUCCAGUGGUGUUACGCUCAGGGUAGUUGGUAUCAGGACGCUCAUCGUCAGAAUCUUCUUCUUCCAACUCGCCUUCUGGAUCAUCCGGUAAAUCCUCCUGAAGCCUGAUAAAAUUGUGGAGCACACAGCAAGCUCGAACAAUUUUUGCCUGCGUUUCUACCGAAUACUCUGGCGUUUGCUUCAAUAUAGGAAAUCUCCGC